GGACUUGUCCCUGGGGAGUGGCUGCCCCUGGGGGUCCCCUGAAGGCUGAGCCCUUCUCUCCUCGGAGAGUAUCCAUACCCACACCCCUGUAAAUUCGUGCCCCGGGGGCGAACAGGGGCGCAGUCCCCUGUCCUGGGGGCUCCCCGGGGGUGCGAGGGUACCCCUGAGCCUGUUUCCCCGCCCUGGGGUAAGGGAGCAGGAGCAUUUACGUCCCUCCCUGGCAUGGAGGGAGCAGGGAGCUGCCUACUCUCUUCUUCUAGCAGGGUGGUUUAGGUGAGGGUCCAUAUCGCCCACUCCUCAGGGAGGAGGGUACCAACCCUUCCUGAACCCCCCUAGCUAGAUCUGCACGCUUCCCUGGGCACCAUCCGCCUGCUAUGCUGAGGGCUGGGGUCUGUCCCUGCUGUGCUCCACCCCUGCCGGGAGGGACAAGUGUCCCAUGGCUCUGCCUUUGCGGUGUCCCUGGGGCAGGCAGUUCCCCCGCAUCAAGGUCUGCUCUGCCCCAGGCUUGCUCAUAGAGGCCAAGGAAGAGGAUGUCGUUGCCACGCAGUGCCAAGGUGCUGGGCACCAGGCAGCCCCGACGAGGGAGGGUGCACUCUGCUUUGGAGAAUACCAACCCCGAGAAGCCUCUGUUGCAGGAGGAGAGCUGUCAGGCCAAGAGGUCUCCAUCCUCACCGCAGGGCGGGCCCAAGAAGAGGUCGGCGUUUGGGGACAUCACCAAUGCUCACAAGAACCAGGUCCUGUCUGGGAAGAAGGAGGCUGUGAAAGUGGCACCACACAAAGCACAGAAGGCCCAUGCUGCCCUCGGGGUGGCCAAGACCAAUGAGAUCAACCUGAAAAAGCCAAUGAAGAAAACUCCCCCGACAGAGGCUCCUGCAAAGCCCAAGGAGGAUCCUGUGCCAGAGGAGCUGGUGCCUGCACAGCAGGUACCAGCAGUGGAGGACAUAGACAAGGAGCAGCUGGGUGACCCCUAUGCCAACGCAGAGUAUGCCAAGGACAUCUUCGAAUACAUGCGGGGAAGAGAGGAGAAAUUCAUGCUCCCUGACUACAUGAAGAAGCAGCCAGACAUCAGUGGGGACAUGCGUGCCAUCCUGGUGGACUGGAUGGUGGAGGUGCAGGAGAACUUUGAGCUAAACCACGAGACGCUGUACCUGGCUGUGAAGCUGGUGGACCACUACCUGGUGGAGGUGGUGAGCAUGAGGGACAAGCUGCAGCUCAUUGGCUCCACUGCCAUCCUCAUCGCUUCCAAAUUUGAGGAGAGGUGCCCACCAUGCGUGGAUGACUUCCUCUACAUCUGUGACGAUGCUUACAAGCGGGAAGAGCUCAUUGCUAUGGAAAUAAGCAUCCUUAGCACCCUCAAGUUUGAUAUCAACAUCCCUAUUGCCUACCGGUUCCUGCGACGCUUUGCCAAGUGUGCCCGUGCCACCAUGGAGACUCUGACAUUGGCCCGAUUCCUCUGUGAGAUGACACUGCAGGAGUACGACUAUGCCCGGGAGAGCCCCUCCAAGCUGGCUGCCAGCUGCCUGCUGUUGGCACUCAUCAUGAAGAACCUUGGUGGCUGGACCCCCACGCUGGAGUACUACAGCGGGUACCGCUCCCAGGACCUGCAUCCCCUGGUGAAGAAGCUGAAUUUCCUGCUGACGUACCAGCCCCGCGACAAGCUGAAGGCUGUGCACACCAAGUACUCGCACAGGGUUUACUUUGAGGUUGCCAAAGUCACGCCCAUGGACAUGCUCAAGCUGGAGGAGAUACUGAACAGCUGCUAGGCCCAUCUCUGUAAAUAGCCUGUAAAUAACUGGGUGCUCUCUGGCAGGGAAGCACCAUGUACAAAAAUGUCAAUUUUAACUGAAGGGGAGGAGGGGGGGGGGAAAAAAAAA